AUGAGGCGAUUGAAAGAGAGCAGUUUUGGGGAGUCGCUGGAGUCGACGACCAGCGAUUUAGGAAACAAGGUCCUAUUGGUAGAGAAGUGUGAUUGGGAGAGUGAGAAGCCGACUGAGUAUGUUCAAUAUGUUACCCUCUCACACUGCUGGGGCAAACUUCCAGAAGCACAGCAAACUAAGUUGUGCUCUGCGAAUAUCGAAGAAUUUAAGAGAGGCAUCAAGCUAGAAGACCUGCCCAAGACCUUUAGCCAGGCUAUGCAGUUUGCGGCACGACUUCCGGAGGUCGGCUACAUCUGGAUCGAUAGCCUGUGCAUUAAGCAAGGAGAUAAAGAAGACUGGCUGGCGCAAUCUGCACACAUGGGCAGGAUAUACAAAGAAGCCUUUUUGAACCUCUCUGCGACUGCAGCAACCGACAGUCAGCAGGGUUUGUUCACCGGUCACGUACCAAGAAUAACGAUUGGAGAUGAAGCAACCCUCAACAUCUUCGGUCUUCCUGGCGCCACGAAAGCUUCGGAAAAUUUCCUGCGAGAAUGUGCGAUCUUCGAUCUUUCCAUUUGGGCGAAUCGCAUUGAAAAUGCACCUGUAAAUAAGAGAGGAUGGGUGCUUCAAGAACGUCUGAUGGCUCCAAGAGUGUUGCACUUCUGCCUAGAUCGGGUGGCUUGGGAGUGUUGUGAAUUUGAGGCCGCCGAAGGGCAGCCAGAGGGUAUGCUAAACUAUCAGCUCACGCUGAACGGUAUAAGAGCUGGAAGCAGACUGAAGGGUCUCGAUCCGUUGACAGAUGGCGUUUGGCUACGCCACAUGCGCUUAAGAGGAUACCAUGAUCCGGAUCCUCAUCUUCAACCGGGUAUAUAUACGUUCGAACUUUGGCGCCGUAUCGUUGAGGUUUACUGCAAGACAGUCCUUACACUUCCUGGAGAUAAACUCAUCGCUUUAUCUGGGUUGGCUCGUUGGAUGUCCGAAAGGAUUGAGAAGACUCCAGCAGCGGCUACAGUGCGGGCAGCGGUUCCCUCCGAGAUCGCGGUCAGUCACACUAUCCCUUCAAGAACCACCCAGUACGUGGCUGGCAUGUGGGCAUUGCACCUUGCAAGUCAACUGCUGUGGUAUGUUGAGCCAACGUUCCAGCAUGAUGGCGGUGGCAAAUUUGAACAUCUUACGAAAGCACCACCGACGACAUUAUACAGGGCACCGUCCUUCUCUUGGACUGCCAUAGACACUGAUGAUGGGAACGGGAUCACAUAUGGUGAGGUGACUGACCAAGACAUACUCAUCAUCGUCGAAGAGGUAUCGGUAACCCCACGGCCGCAAUCAGACGCAUUUGGUAUGCUCGAGGAUGCUUAUAUCGUACUACAAGUCAAAUUACGCAAAGCGGUUCUGUUAAAGAAUGGGUCAGAUCGAUUUAAGUGGAAGUUGGUCGGUCGUGGGUCCCUCGACCAGUAUGAGCAUACCGAUGUGUACCUGGAUUGCCCUGCGAGAGACGAAAACGAGCAAGAGAAAAGGCGAAUUAUAGGUCCUGACGCGGGAGUAUUCGUGGUCCUGGGUGCGUGGACCGACCGAAAGAUGGCACGAGCAUCCAAGUAUCUCACCUGUCUCAUUCUGCAGCUCGAGAAGCGUGAAGCGGGGCUAGUGUUCCACAGGAUCGGCUUGACGAAAUUGAGCCCAUACGGAGACCGCAAGACUCUGGACGAGGAUGAGAUUCUGAAGAAGCACAAUGAUGAUGCAGAUAUCCUGGAUGGCUUGGAUUAUGAUCCUUUGACUGGUAUGCACCGUAUCCGUCUCGUCUGAGGAAAGGUCUGUAGUGGAGGUCUAGUUGUCUCCGUCAUCGCCGUCAUGCCGUUCCUACCCAGGUGACGUCACUUUCCCUACACUACUGUAUCUAUGUAGCUGGCUCCCACGGGAGUUGAUAGGAACUUUUUAGGAAAUUGUUUGAUACGAACAGUUUGCAGUGGAUGUGCGUACG